CAAGUUGGUAAGUUAUAUUUUCUCCAGUUUCUCUACGAAUUUCGCACAGUGCAGUGAAACGAGCUUCGCUCUUGCGAAAACCCUAGGGGCGAUCACUAGAUCGAAGCUCACAGGGCUAGGAUUUGGAGAGAAACAAUGGAGGGAGUAUUGUCCUCUAACGAUCAACAGAUCAUGGUCAAGUCGUUCUUAGAGAUUGCCGUGGGGCAAACCGCAGAGACGGCUAGACAAUUCUUGCAGGCUACAAGUUGGAAACUUGAGGAAGCUAUCCAGCUGUUUUAUCUUGGUAAUGACGGUGGCGCAGGGCCACAGCUAUCAUCAUCACAUAAUCCUCCUGCAGAAAAUGCUGAUUCCUGGACGGGUCACCCUUCAAGUGAGCUGAGAAAAGAUACUGCCCUUGAAAGUAGCGGUGGUGAUGAUGGAGAUGAAGUACGCCCUCCAUUACCUGUUAAGAGGGAAACCCUUUAUGAUGAUCCAAUGCUGUUUGGAGUAUCAAGGAUGGGGCCUCGUACUCAAGAAGGUAGCUCGUUAGUUGCAUUCCGUAAUUUUGAAGAGGAAAUGAGACGUCCAGGGGUUUGGGAGUCUGAGCAGGGCGCUGUCUCUACAGCAGAGAGUUCUAGGGACAAUCUUGCUUCUCUAUAUCGCCCUCCUUUUCAUUUGAUUUUCACCGGUCCAUUUGAUAAGGCAAAAACGGCUGCUUCAACAGAGGACAAAUGGCUUUUAGUGAAUAUACAAUCUACCAAAGAAUUCAGCUCACAUAUGCUUAAUCGAGAUACUUGGGCCAAUGAAGCUGUCUCUCAGACCAUUAGCACUAAUUUUAUAUUCUGGCAGGUUUACGAUGAUACAACUGAAGGCCGAAAAGUAUGCACUUAUUACAGACUGGAUUCAAUUCCUGUAGUGCUUGUAAUUGAUCCCAUCACUGGCCAAAAGAUGCGUAUCUGGUCUGGAAUGGUUCAGCCUGAAAGCUUAUUGGAGGGUCUGCUAGCAUUCCUGGAUGCAGGCCCUAAGGAUCAUCACAAUACUUUAUCUCACAAACGUCCAAGAGAAAGUUCCAGCCCACCUAAAAUUAAAGAUGAAAGUAAUGAAGAUGAGGAAGUGUUAAAAGCUUUGGCACUUUCAAUGGAAGGCAUGAAAGAAUCAAGUGUAUUGGCUGGAACAGAUAAGGAUGCUGAGUCUGUUGACCAGGGACAAGAAACUGGCUUGCCUUCAAGGCCCACAUACCCUCCCCUGCCUGAAGAACCCAAGGGUGAUAAGAACCUCCUAUGCAGAGUUGGUGUCCGGCUUCCUGAUGGAUGCCGAGUUCAGCGUAACUUUUUGCGCACUGAUCCAAUUCAGCUUCUGUGGUCAUUCUGCUCCGCUCAGCUAGGGGAAGAUGAGAUGAGGCAAUUUCGGUUGACACAAUCAAUUCCAGGAGCUUCCAAAGUGCUGGACUAUGGAAGUAAUGCGACUUUAGAGGAAUCAGGGCUUGCAAACUCUAUGAUCUUGAUGACAUGGGAAUGAAUCCAGAUUUUUGGGUGACUUCGCUGGAAAAGUCAGACUGGGGAGCUUCUGUUUGGUGGUUCCUACUUAUAUAGCUAUAUGUUUUUCCUUCUUUGACAUGGGUUCGUGUUCAAAAGGUAAACGGGAGUCUUAAUUAAACUCUCAUGUGUAUAUACUCUGAAUGAAGGCUAAGAUCAAUGCCCCUAUAUCAUUGCUUAAUUAUUUCCCCCUUUUUGUUUGAGGAUAUCUUAAAAUUAGAGGAACUUGUAAAGAGAGAGGCUUUUGAAAGUUUGGUUAUAUUCA